AUGGAAGGGAAUAACUAUUAUAUGAAGAACAAGAACACUAGUAGUAGUAGUACUCAUAAUAACAAUAGCUUUGAGGAGCAUUAUUCAUGGGAAACUUCUUCAUCAACACGGCCAUCAAGAAGCUAUGCUUGUAGCUUUUGCAAGAGAGAGUUCAAAUCUGCUCAAGCUUUGGGUGGACACAUGAAUGUUCAUAGAAGGGAUAGGGCAAGAUUGAGAUCUUCAUGGAUUUCUAAUCACACCCCUAAACCUAACCCUAACCCUAAUCCUGCAACAACUCUUGUUUCUUCAUCGUCAUCUCCUUUAUCUAAUGAUCCUAUCAAUAAUUGUUCACAUAUUUCUCCAAUUUAUAGCCCUAAUUGUUGUCUCAAUUUAUCUUCUUCUUCUUCUUCACCCUCCCCUAAUUUAGCUUCCAUCACAAGAAGUGAAGAUAAAAAACCUAGACUCAUCAUAUCUACUCCACAAGUUCUUCCUCUUGUGAUGAAUAGUCCUCAAAACAUGGUGAUGAUGAUGAGUAAGAAAAGCAAAAGUGGUGAUUUUGUUGGUGGGGUUGAUGAUGAUGAGAAUUACAAGGAUAAUGUUUUCAAGCACAAGAAUGAGCAUAACAACAUUACCUUGGAGUUGGGAAUAGGAUUGGUUAAGCACAAAGAGCAGAAGUUGGAUUUGGAGCUUAGACUCUAG